AUACUGCUCCCAUUUUUAUGAGUUCAUCACCAAGUCCUGCUUCUGUAACUGUUUCUAUGAGUUUUCCAUUUUUACCUACAUUAGGGUGCUCACGGACCUGGUUUCUGUCCCUUCUCAGCCCUUGUUUCUGACAAUGGCAACCUAGUUCCCAACAGGCGAUCUAGGGGGCGCUGGGCUGACCCAGGAACGGUCCGGGGAUUCCCAAUGGCUCCGCGGAUUGCCCGGAGAAGGGCCUCGACACAGACAUCAUUCUUUAAGCCCGGGGCUGUGAGCUUCGCGGACGUGGCCGUGUACUUCUCCCCGGAGGAGUGGGGAUGUCUGCGACCGGCGCAGAGAGCCCUGUACCGGGAGGUGAUGCGCGAGACCUACGGUCUCCUGGGAUCUCUCGGAGUCGGAGGCGCCAAACCAGCACUCAUCUGCUGGGUGGAGGAAGAGGCCGAACUGUGGGGACCCCGUGCCCAGGAUCCAGACAUGACCAUGUGCAAGACAGAAGCUGACUCAGAUUGCAGACACAAGGAGGAAAGGAAGAGAGCAAGGAAAGAGACUGAGACAACCCAGAAGAUAUUUUCCACAGAAGCUGGGCCAAAGGAGCCACGCCCCUCAUUUGCUGGGCCCCCUAGCAACUUGGAGCUGCUGUCCAAGGACCCUCAACAGGGGCAGCCUGUGAUCAGUGGUAUCCAUUCAACUGUCCUAAGGGCAGACAAGCGUCAUGGAUGCCACAUGUGUGGGAAAAGUUUUCCCCGACAGUCCAAAUUGGUGGAGCAUCUGUACACUCACACAGGUGAAAAGCCAUUCCGUUGCCCUGACUGCAACAAGUGUUUUGGCCGGGCUUCUUCCCUGAGCAUGCACCGAGCCAUACACCGAGGGGAACGACCUCAUCGGUGUCCUGACUGUGGGAAGGGUUUUACCCAGCGAUCCACAUUGGUGGCACACAUGUACACUCACACAGGUGAAAAGCCAUUCCGUUGCCCUGACUGCAACAAAUCCUUCAGCAGACCUUCUUCCCUGAGCACACACCGGGCCAUACACCGAGGGGACCGGCCAUAUAGCUGUCGGGACUGUGGCCGGACCUUCACGCAUCGCUCUGGCCUCACUACCCAUCUUCGUGUCCACACUGGGGAGAAGCCUUACUGUUGUACUGAUUGUGGACGCUGCUUCAGCCAGAGCUCAGGGCUCCAUGAGCACCAGCGGGUGGCGCACAGCGGCUUGACCCCCUUUAUUUGCUCACACUGUGGCAGAGCCUUUGCCCGAGCUGCAUAUCUUCGAUGCCACAUGCGCACCCACACGGGUGAAAAACCUUAUUCAUGCCCUGACUGUGGACGCUGCUUUAGCCAGAGCUCUGACUUGGCAGCCCACAGGCGGACUCACACUGGUGAGCGUCCCUACGCCUGCCCUCAAUGUGGCAGACGCUUUCUGACUAAGUCAGCUAUGACAAAGCACCAGUGGAUCCAUCGGCCAGGAGGCAAAGGACAUAAGGACAGAAAAGAAAGUUAGUUACCUAUAUCCCUGGGCACUGGCCAAGAGGACCCGGAUCCACCGGUGGGUUUCCAGCACUACCCAGAGAUAUUCCAGGAGUGUGGGGGAUGGUCUUAAAAGUGCCAACACAGA